UAGAACCGUAUCCACACAAGUCUAGAGCACUUUGACCAAACUAACCAUGCAUAGCCAUAUAUAUUAAGACCUCAGCAUUCUGCCUUAAUCUUUCUCCACGCUUGCUAAGAUUUUCUCUCGGGUUCCUCAGCAUACCGAUUCCAUUGUUCAUUUCAAUCACAUAAAAAUCUUGUGUGGACAUGGCAACAGCCUUGUCCACAACCUGUUUUCUUUCCUGGAGGAACCACCAUCAAGUGAAUAUACAACCCUCUCCAUUACAAAAUGGAGUUCAAAGAGCUUCAGCUGAUUCAGUAUCAAAGGGGAGUUGUUUGACCAAUGAAGAAAGCCAGAGAUGUUCCACUUUGUCUUUGGUGAACAGAAGAGCGGUUUUGGCUUCUGGGGUGUGCUUGUUGGGUUUUCCAGGGGAGAGUUUUGCGGUUGUGAAACAAGGUCUUCUGGCAGGGAGAAUCCCUGGCCUGUCAGAGCCAGACGAAAAUGGUUGGAGGACAUACCGCAGGCCGGAUGAUAAGUCCGGUGGACAUGGUGUUGGAUGGAGUCCGAUUAUACCAUACGCUUUCCGAGUACCUGAGGAAUGGGAAGAGGUACCAGUAUCAAUAGCAGAUCUUGGUGGCACUGAGAUAGAUUUGAGAUUUGCAAACUCUAAGCAAGGGCGUCUGUUUGUCGUUGUUGCUCCUGUUCUUAGAUUUGCUGAUAAUCUUGGUGAUGAUGCUACAAUAGAAAAAAUCGGACCUCCAGAGAAAGUCAUCAAUGCAUUUGGUCCGGAAAUGAUUGGGGACAAUGUCGAGGGGAAGGUUCUAAGUUCAGACGUAGCAGAACACGAUGGAAGAACAUACUACCAGUUUGAGCUAGAGCCUCCUCAUAUUUUUAUUACUGCUACUGCAGCAGGAAAUCGCUUGUACUUGUUUGGUGUAACAGGCAGUGGUCUUCAGUGGAAGAGACACUACAACGAUUUGAAGAAGAUAGCCGAGUCUUUUCGAGUUGUAUAAUUAUCAAUUGAGAGCUUUUGAGAAUGAGAGAUCAUAAAUGUGCACUUUCUGUAUAUGUAUUUUAGUAACAGCAGAUAUUUUCUUUCCCACUAUUUUGAUUGGGAAACGAAUUUGAGCAAUCAUGUAUGAAAAGUCUGUAUACCUUCAACAUACCAA